AUGAUAUUUGAGGUGAUUAAGUCGAUGCUCCUAUUGCAUGUACUGAUUCAAAACUGUAUCUGCAAGCGACAAUGGGAGUAUGAACCAAUUUCUGUAGUGAGUCAAACUGCGGAUCCUAACAAAGUAAAUGUUGAAGCGGAAGUUGUACGCAUUAAACGUGGAGAAUACGCUUUAACUGGCUUUCUCUUUUGGAAUUACGAUGUAGAUGACACAACAAUGGUGGAAUCUAAGGGCUAUCGCAGUAACACUGGCAACGAAGAAGAUUAUACGCUUUUACCCUUGGGUAUACCCAAGCAAACAUAUCAGGAA